GGCCCAUGGGGCGCGGGCGGCCGGGCCGGUGAGCCGGACGCCCAUGGACGCCCCUGAGGAGCCGCUGCCGCCGGUGAUCUACACCAUGGAGAACAAGCCCAUCGUCACCUGUUUUGGUCCAUGUUGAAAUCAUGCGUUUUAGCAAACCAGUGAUUGAGAAGUGGAGAAGCAGUCCUCCUCCUCCGAAUCCUGUGCUGCUCUCUAGUGUGUUUGGAGGCAGGAGUAAAGGCAUCACCAGACAUGUUCAUCUUGCUCUGCAGGUGUGGCGUUCCGCUCGAGGCUGGUUGGAAGCAAUUGCGUCUUCAGGUGCUGGAGAUCAGAAUCUGUUUACCUCUAUUUAUCCGACACUUUCCCAGCAGCUUCCCAGAGAACCAAUGGAAUGGAGAAGGUCCUACGGCCGGGCUCCGAAGAUGAUCCACCUAGAAUCGAACUUUGUUCAAUUCAAAGAGGAACUGUUGCCCAAGGAAGGAAACAAAGCCCUGCUCACGUUCCCCUUCCUUCAUAUCUAUUGGACAGAAUGCUGCGAUACAGAAGUGUACAAAGCUACAGUAAAAGAUGACCUCACCAAGUGGCAGAAUGUCUUGAAAGCUCAUAGCUCCGUGGAUUGGCUGAUAGUGGUGGUUGAAAAUGAUGCCAAGAAAAAAAACAAAACUAACAUCCUUCCCCGAACUUCUAUUGUGGACAAAAUAAGAAAUGAUUUUUGUAAUAAACAGAGUGACAGGUGUGUUGUGCUGUCCGACCCUUUGAAGGACUCUUCUCGAACUCAGGAAUCCUGGAAUGCCUUCCUGACCAAACUCAGGACAUUGCUUCUUAUGUCUUUCACCAAAAACCUAGGCAAGUUUGAGGAUGACAUGCGGACCUUGAGGGAGAAGAGGACUGAGCCAGGCUGGAGCUUCUGCGAAUACUUCAUGGUGCAGGAGGAACUUGCCUUUGUCUUUGAGAUGCUGCAGCAGUUCGAAGAUGCCCUGGUGCAGUAUGACGAGCUGGAUGCCCUGUUCUCGCAGUAUGUCGUCAACUUCGGGGCCGGCGAUGGUGCCAACUGGCUGACUUUUUUCUGCCAGCCGGUGAAGAGCUGGAAUGGACUGGUCCUCCGCAAGCCCAUAGAUAUGGAGAAGCGGGAAUUGAUACAGAGGCAAGAAGCCACCCUGUUGGACCUGCGCAGUUACCUGUUUUCGCGCCAGUGCACCCUGCUCCUCUUCCUGCAGCGGCCGUGGGAGGUGGCUCAGCGGGCCCUGGAGCUGCUGCACAGCUGCGUGCAGGAGCUGAAGCUCUUGGAAGUGUCGGUGCCACCUGGCGCUCUGGACUGCUGGGUGUUUCUGAGCUGUUUGGAGGUGUUGCAGAGGAUAGAAGGUUGCUGUGACCGGGCACAGAUAGACUCCAACAUCGCCCACACAGUGGGACUGUGGAGCUAUGCCACAGAAAAGCUAAAGGCCUUGGGCUACUUAUGUGGACUCGUGUCAGAAAAAGGACCUAACUCAGAAGACCUCAAUAGGACAGUUGAUCUCUUGGCAGGUUUGGGAGCUGAGCGACCUGAAACAGCCAACACAGCUCAGAGUCCUUACAAGAAACUCAGAGAAGCCCUGUCCUCGGUGGAAGCUUUUGAAAAGCACUACUUGGAUUUGUCCCAUGCUACCAUUGAAAUGUAUACGAGCAUUGGGAGGAUUCGAUCUGCCAAAUUUGUUGGGAAAGAUCUAGCAGAAUUUUACAUGAGGAAAAGGUCUCCACAGAAGGCAGAAACGUAUCUGCAGGGAGCUUUGAAAAACUACCUGGCCGAGGGCUGGGCCCUACCUGUCACUCACACGAGGAAGCAGCUAGCUGAGUGCCAGAAGCACCUUGGGCAACUUGAAAACUACCUGCAGACCAGCAGCCUUCUGGCCAGUGACUGUCACCUCACCCAGGAGGAGCGGGCGCACUUCUGCCAAGAGAUACUCAGCUUUGCCAACCAACAAGUGGACAGCCCAGGUCACAGGGUCCUGCUGCCCAUGCAUUCCUUCGCACAACUGAGGGAUCUCCACUUCGACCCUUCCAAUGCUGUGGUCCACGCGGGUGGCAUUCUCUCCGUGGAGAUAACUCUGUACAGCCAGAUGCCUGUCCCUGUGCAUAUGGACCAGAUUGCUGUCAAUGUCCACUUCAACAUAGAGAAAAAUAGCUACCGGAAGACUGCUGAGUGGCUGACCAAGCAUAAGACGUCCAACGGGAUUAUUAACUUUCCAGCUGAGACCUCACUGUUCCCUGCAUCCCAAAACAGCUCACCCGGGCUGGAGCUGUCUGAGAUGUUUGAGCGAAGCCCUUCUGAUAAUUCCUUGAACACAACAGGGAUUAUUUGCAGAAAUGUGCACAUGCUCCUGAGGAGGCAAGAAGGCAGCUCUUCUCUAGAAACACCCUCAGGGGUGGCCCUGGAGGACGGGGCCCAUGUGCUGAGGUGCCACAGCGUGACUCUACAGCCUGGGACCAACAAGGUAGCCUUCAGGACCCAGGCCAAGGAGCCUGGAACAUACACACUCCGCCAACUGUGUGCCUCAGUGGGCCCUGUGUGGUUCGUCCUUCCGCACAUCUAUCCCAUUGUGCAGUAUGACGUGUACUCUCAGGAGCCCCAACUGCAUGUGGAGCCGCUGGCUGAUAGCCUUUUGGCGGGUAUUCCUCAGAAGGUCAAGUUCACUGUCACUACUGGCCAUUAUACGGUAAAAAAUGGGGACAGCCUCCAGCUCAGCAAUGUGGAGGCCAUGCUGAUCCUGUGCCAGGCCGAGAACAGAGCCACGAUCUUUUCCAACUCGAGAGAGGAGUCCUCUGUCGCCUCGCUCCGGAUCCAGUCCUCCGACAAGGUCACUAGCAUCGGUCUGCCUGCUGCGCCUGCGUACCACGUGAUCGAGUUUGAGCUGGAGGUUCUGUCUUUACCUUCAGCUUCAGCAGCUAUGGGGGAGAGGGGCACUCAGGGGACACCGGAGCUCCACAGGAAGCAGAAGGACAGACAGAAAAGUGGCCACUGCAUGGUCACCACAGACCACAAGGUGUCAAUCGACUGCCCAUGGUCCAUCUACUCCACUGUCAUUGCACUGACAUUCAGUGUGCCCUUCAGGACCACGCACUCCCUGCUCUCCUCCGGAACUCGGAAAUAUGUUCAAGUGUGUGUACAGAACUUGUCAGAACUUGACUUCCAGCUGUCAGACAGUAGCCUUACAGACACUGGUGACACUGCUGACCUACAGCUGACUCCAUUGAACCCACAGUGCGAGCAGCACAUCCACAGCAAGCAGUCAGUGUUCUUUGUCUGGGAGUUACAGUGGACACAGGAGCCUCCCCCAGCCCUGUGCUGCCAGUUCUCCGUUGGAUUCUGCCCAGCUUCUGAGGAACAGCUGUCCAUCUCCUUAAAGCCCUACACUUACGAAUUUCAAUUGGAAAACUUUUUUACACUGUACACCGUGAAUGCUGAGAUAUCCCCUCCGGUGGGGGCAGAAUAUUGCAGAACAGGCUCGCUCUGCUCCUUGGAGGUAUCCAUCACACGGCUUGCAGACCUCCUGGAGGUGGACAAGGAUGAAGCUCUGACAGAGUCUGAUGAGUACUUUUCGACAAAGCUUAUGUAUGAAGUUGUUGACAACAGCAGCAACUGGGCCGUGUGUGGGAAGAGCUGUGGUGUCGUCUCCAUGCCUGUGGCUGCUCGGGCCACUCACAGAGUUCACAUGGAAGUGAUGCCUCUCUUUGCGGGCUACCUCCCCUUGCCUGAUGUCCGGCUGUUUAAAUACCUCCCUCAUCACUCUGCACACUCCUCACAACUGGAUGCUGACAGUUGGAUAGAAAAUGACAGCCUGUCAGUGGACAAGCAUCCAGACGACCAGCUGGACUGUAGCAGUGUGCGGAGUAGAGGCAGCGUGGCCUCGGCUGCCAGCAGUGAGCACAAAGGCUUGCCCAUGCCCCGGCUUCAGGCACUCCCUGCCGGCCAGGUCUUCAACUCCAGCACUGGCAUGCAGGUCCUGGUCAUUCCCAGCCAAGACGACCAUGUCCUAGAAGUCAGUGUCACAUGACAACCUAUGGAUCAGCCAACACCACAGACUGGCGUGAGUGCACUUUAGGGAUUGUGACUGGAUUGUUCUCUGGUGUAACAUGCUGGCUCUAACCAGACUGGCUGUCCUGCUUGGCCAGGGAGGAGUCAGGGAAUGGCAUCAGUCAGCUUGUCAGUGGAGAAAGCAUCCUUUGUGUUGUCUUUGGAAUGGGAUUAUUGUCAUUUUCUCACCCCUGCCCUGUGCUGGUGUCCAGUGUUUGCUCAGAGCCCCAGCUUCCUUCACUUACCUACUCGCUGCUCAUAACAGACUGUUAUUCCCCCACGGCCUCCCUCUGCUGGCUCUGCUUGCAGGCCCAUCUGACUUUCAGAUGGAAGUUCAGCAAGCCUUGCUGUCUUCCUGUGACAUUGUGUGCCCUCUGGGACGACUGGGGUCUUCUAAGGGGUGAAAUGCAACCCUUCCCUCCAGACCAAGUUGUGCUUUCUACAGAACACUUCCUAGGGCUGGUGGGUAGGGUUGCAGGGUCAGCUUGGGAGGGAGCAAACCCCUUGUGUGCCUUGGGAUGCCAGAGCCAGGCCACCUGGGAGGUCCAUUGGCUGAGCCUGUAAGGGUUCUCGAGGAGGACUGCACCAGGGCAUAAGGAGCAACUCAGAAUGGGAAGAGCUUAGGAAAGAAUGUUUCUGAACCUGUUUCUCCCAGUGUUGAUUGAAUAUCAUAUGCACUUGGAAUUAAAUAUAUAUUUGUCAUUACAUAUGUGGGGGUUAAUGUUGACUUUUCUCUCACUUUUAAAGUCUGUACAUGUAAUUGUAACUGUAUAAUCAGCAUCUUUCUUUUGCACCUUAAGUCUUCGAAGUUUAGAUGCUCCAUCUAAAGAUUAGAGGGGUCUUCUUGGUGUGUUCCAGGCUGCGAGUAGGACUCAGGGCCUGGGGUAACCUCUAACCUGUGUUGGCCCACUCAGUUGCAGUCAGACCAUACCGAGUUAAUUUACUUUCAGUUGUAAAUUUAAUUGUACAUAUGGUUGAUUUAUUAUUUUUAAAGUACAGACUAACUGAUGUAAUGUUUAUGUAUAAGUUGCACCAAAAAUCAAGGACAAAAUAAAUGUUUGUUUUUACUGGUGUGAAAAUCACAGCUUGUAAAUAAGUGUUGUAUGUAUUAAACCUUUUCCAGCUCUCCAAAGCAAUGUAUUUUUGUACAUAUGAAAUAGAGUACUCUGAAUUCACUGGCAUAGUGUGCUUAGAGUGGAACUUGACACUGUCGGUGGGAGCAGAUGUGGUCAGUCCAGCAGAGGGGGAAGCCUCCGUUACCUGAGAGAUCAGGAGCCUCUUCAGCAAGGCUGGCCACAGUGAGUGCUGUUGUCAGGAGGCUGAGGGGACAGGGAGCAUGAGGCCCAGACUGAAGCCAAGCAACUGAGCAGUCGUUUUCAGAAUUCUGUAUGUUGGCUUUUAACUCAUUCAGUUAAAUAAAGGUAGUGUGAUUUUUUCCCAUCUUCUUCAAUUUUAGAAAUUGGAAAAAUGUGUAAAGAAAGAUGUUCCUGUAUUUAAUUAAACUUUUCAGAAAUUCAUCUCCCAUAAGUGCAGUUCAAAACCAAUAAACUUUGUUAAACUAGUUAGGCAAAUUAGAACUCCAGGUUCUAAAGUUCGGGGUCUCCAAUGAGGUUUUUUUGUUUGUUUGUUUGUUUUGGUUUUUUAAUGGUAAAAGUUGAUGAUUGACCUACUGACCUGCUAAUACCCAUGAGUGAAGAGGUCUUUGUUAGCCUCAGAGCCAAGAGAACAGGCCUUCCUUGAUACGCAGAUUCCCUGUUUAUCCUCUGGAAGAGGGAGCAGAACUGAGUGUUGUGUUUAUUUUUCUUAAGUUUUCUGGCAUCUGCAUUCUCUCAGGACGAAUUUUCUAAUUUCAUAUAUCUAGAGGAGGAAAACAGAGGGAAAGUCCAAAAUGUUUAUGGCAUUUCUUCUGAUCUGGAAAAUGAAUGAAAUCAAUUUUCCCCCAGUCACCCAGAAGAUCAUUAGUAAACUAAGAUGAGUGCUUCUUUUUUAAGAUAAAAGAAUGUCACUCAAAAAAAAAAAAAAAAAACAAAAAAAUCUUUGUCUCUUUAAUUCACCA